AUUCACGCCCCCGCUGCCGCCGAGUUGCCCUCUAGCGGGGGUGGUGAAACCUAGCCAGGGUGGGAGGCGGCGUGGCUGCAGCGCGGCGGGGAGGGCCGCGCCGGUCGCCUUCUGCAGCCGCGUCUCCGUCAGUUCCCGUCGCCGUCACUGGGGCGCCGUGCGGCUCCAGUCCGGAGCGGAAGCUGCGGCCGUCGCGGCGGCCGGAACCGCGUCCCGCUUCAGCGCCCGGAGGACAUGCGGGAGAGAGAAUGAGCCAGAGGGACACGCUGGUGCAUCUGUUUGCCGGAGGAUGUGGUGGUACGGUGGGAGCUAUUCUGACAUGUCCACUGGAAGUUGUAAAAACACGGCUGCAGUCAUCUUCUGUGACACUUUAUAUCUCUGAAGUUCAGCUGAACACCAUGGCUGGAGCCAGUGUCAAUCGAGUAGUGUCUCCUGGACCUCUCCAUUGUCUAAAGGUGAUCUUGGAAAAAGAAGGGCCUCGUUCCCUGUUUAGAGGAUUAGGCCCCAAUUUAGUGGGGGUGGCCCCUUCCAGAGCAAUAUACUUUGCUGCUUAUUCAAACUGCAAGGAAAAGUUGAAUGGUUUAUUUGAUCCUGAUUCUACCCAGGUACACAUGAUUUCAGCUGCAAUGGCAGGUUUUACCGCAAUCACAGCGACCAACCCCAUUUGGCUUAUAAAGACUCGGUUACAGCUUGAUGCAAGGAACCGUGGGGAAAAGCGAAUGGGUGCUUUUGAGUGUGUCCGUAAAGUGUAUCAGACAGAUGGACUUAGAGGAUUUUAUAGGGGCAUGUCUGCUUCAUAUGCUGGCAUAUCCGAGACUGUUAUCCAUUUUGUUAUUUAUGAAAGUAUUAAGCAAAAACUACUGGAAUAUAAGAUUGCUUCUACAAUGGAAAAUGAAGAAGAGUCUGUAAAAGAAGCAUCAGAUUUUGUGGGAAUGAUGCUAGCUGCUGCCACCUCAAAAACGUGUGCCACAACUAUAGCAUAUCCACAUGAAGUUGUAAGAACAAGACUGCGUGAGGAGGGAACAAAAUAUAGAUCCUUUUUUCAGACACUGUCUUUGCUUGUUCAAGAAGAAGGCUAUGGGUCUCUUUACCGUGGUCUGACAACUCAUCUGGUGAGACAGAUUCCAAACACAGCCAUUAUGAUGGCCACCUAUGAAUUAGUGGUCUACCUGCUCAACGGAUAGCACCACCAGGCUGCUGUACUAUAAAGAGGGAAGACCAAAAGAUACAGUGGACCAUGGAGUACCGAAGCCAGCUUGGUGGACAGAAGGAAAAUAGUGUGGGAACAUGGAACUAUACCUAAGUGGAAGUUUGGUUGUAGGAAUUAAAGUAAUCAUAACCACAUUACUUAGUCUUUUUAGUAAUGUGAAAAAAAACCUUGGCUGCCUCCAAGAAAAAGCCUUUAGAAGCGCUCGUUCUUCAAAAUUGCCAUUUUCUCUACCAUGUCCACAGGACACAGUUGGCAUUUUGUUGAUUUAUGGCAAUCAGAGUAUAGUGUUUAUUCCAUGAGCACUUUUCCAGUUUUCUAGACAGAGCCAUCUGUAACUGUAUAACUAUCCAAAGAUAGUAUUGCCAGUCAUAAAUUUCUAACUUCUGCAUAAUUCCUAUAAAAUUGAAAACAGUGAUAGUAUUUUCGCAUUUCCUUGAGAGGAUCUGGCACUAUAUUUUAAAGUUAAUCAUUUGGGAUUAGUAGUCACUGUUUUUGACGACAAAUGAAGUAGUGUCUAAACAUGUGUUUAUUUUUAGCUUUAAAAAUGUUUUGGUUUCCACUGCUCACAGGUGCUUUAUGUUUAGCAUAAUGUGAACACUUAAAUUGUUUGUUAAUGUAUCAACUCAAAUGGUAAUAGUUUGGGACACAACCAGUAAAAUGUUGAUUCUUGGCCAUUUCAGUAACUUGAGCAUGUCCUCUUAUCUUUUCUAACCUAAUGAUACAUGAAUGAAUGCAGUGUCUUUUCAGUGACUAAUUAAUUAUGAACUUGAAUUAUCCCCUGCCAUACCUAGGUAUCAUUUUCUUAAAAUGGAAAAAAUUUACUGCUUCUGAAUGUUUCUCUAUUUGGUUUCACAUUAAGAAUUUGAACCUUUGAAUUAUUUCCAGAAGCUCUGCAUACAUUGUAUUUAUUUAGUAGAGAAAAUGGUAAUUUUUAGCUUUGUCCUUACAAGGUGUUUUCUUUUUUUAAGAUGAUGUUAUAAAUACCUGGGGCAGCAUAAACAUUAUAGACGAAGGGCCCUCUGCAAUCUGAUUGGGCAGGUAAUGAUCCUAAUUAACUUAGUUUUAUAAAUGAACAAACUGCUUUGGACAAGGAAUUUAUUCCAUCCGAAUUUCUUGAAUGGUAAAUCAUAGAAAGAUUCAAGUUAAUUCAGAUUAAGCGUGUUAACAGGAUAUAGCUUUUACAUUUUGCUGUUGAGUUCAACUGCUUGCUGUUGAGUUCAACUUUUAAUACUUUAAAUGUAUUAUAUGUAUGGCCCUUAUGAAGAUAUUUACUGUAAUUCAAUUAAAAGACUUUCGCUUAUG